GCUCCCUCUCUUCUCCCCUUCGUCGAGGCACCAGAUCUGACAUCCCACCCGAGCUCGCCUUCGCUGCUGCGCCUCCCAGAUCCCGAUCUCCCCAUGCCUCCUCCCAUCCGCUGACUCCACCGCCGCCGCCGCCACCGCCACCGCGGCGAUGGCGUCGCGCCCGCCCCUCCGCACCACCUCCGUCGCCUCUGUCUCCUCCUCCACCGACUCCCCCACCUCCGUCGGGCCUCCCGGCGGCGUCCCGCAGUCCAUCACCGCGCUCCUCAACAACCCUCUCCCCUCUGCCGCCGCCUCCUCCUACUCCUGGCUGCCCUGGCCGCCCCCCACCAUCCCUCUCCCUGACGCGGCUCCCACGCCGCCGUCGCACCCCUGCGAGGUCACCCGCGCCGACUUCGCGCCCUACCUCGCCGCCGUCUCCGACCCCUACGCUCGCUUCGCCGACAUCCGCCUCCACGCCACCGCCGAGCUCGCCGCCUCCUCGGACACCGAGGGCGCCCCGGCUGCCUCCUCCGGCCUCGCCGCCUGCCUCCGCGAGGUGCCCGCGCUCUUCUUCAAGGAGGACUUCGCGCUCGAGGACGGGCCCACGUUCCAGGUCGCCUGCCCGCUCGGCGACGACGGGCUGCAGGAGCGCCUUGGCCAACACCUCGAUGUUGUGGAGGCGCACCUCGUACGGGAGAUCGCACUCCGGUCCGAGUCCUUCUACGAGGCGCAGGGCCGGCUGCGCGGGCUCGACGGAGAGAUUGUUACGGCAGUAGGGAGGAUCCGCGAGCUCAGGGAGGUGGUCCGAGUGCUCACGGGGGACCUCGUCGGGUCAGCAAGGCAGGUGCAGGAGCUCAAUGCCACGCGGGGCAACCUUGUGGCACUGCAGCAGAAGCUUACUGUCAUCCUUUACGUCAGCCAGGCCCUUGCCGCACUCAAGUUGCUUGUUGCAGCAGCAGAUUGUGCUGGUGCCCUUGAUGUCAUCGAUGACUUGCAAAAUUUACUAGAUACUGAUGAACUUGCUGGGCUUUAUUGCUUUCGCCAUAUUCGAGAUCAGCUUGGGACGUCACUAGAUUCAGUGAACAGCAUUCUUUCAGCAGAAUUUGUGCACGCUGCUGUUCCCGAUGGAAAAGCUGUAGAUGCUAUGAUUUCAUCAAAUGUGAAAAGAAAAGCUUCCAGCCCAUCGAAUGGGACAGAACAUGAGGGUAACAUACAUGAGGAGGAAAGUUUUAUUCUCAGAGAUCGACUUCUCCCUCUCAUUAUUUGCCUGCUGAGAACGGACAAACUUCCUGCAGUUCUCAGAAUCUACCGGGAUACACUUAUUACUGUUAUGAAAGCUUCAAUCAAAGCCACAGUCGCAGAGUUGCUUCCAGUUUUAACUGCCAGACCAAUAGAUUCCGAUUCAGUAACCGGAGACAGGGCUGUUGAUGCCGACGCUGGAGGCCAGUCCUUAGCAAAUAAAUUGCGAAGUUUGUCAUCUGAAGGGUUUGUUCAACUUUUGUCCGCCAUUUUCAGGAUAGUACAGGUACAUUUACAACAAGCAGCCGAAGUGAAAAGAUUAGUUGAGUGGAUCAUGGGAAACCUUGAUGGAACCUUAAUUGUUGAUGCUAGCAAUCCUACAGUACAACAUGGUGGUUCAGUUUCUGAUGUUUCCCAAGAGAAUGACUACAGUGUUUCUUCACGGGUAUCUAAUACUCUUACACGGAGUACUUCCAAAAUCCCCUUUGUUCAGGGAAAAGCAAAUGAUUUGUCCAUUAUAAAUUCAAUAAAGAAUGUCCGGGCUGAUGUAUUGAGAGAAAACACUGAAGCAGUUUUCGCUGCAUGUGAUGCUGCCCAUGGGCGAUGGGCUAAACUCCUAGGUGUCCGUGCUGCUCUACAUCCCAGGUUAAGGCUUCAGGAAUUUUUGAUCAUCUACAAUAUAACAGAAGAAUUUAUAGCUGCUACUGAAAAGGUUGGAGGCAGGUUGGGUUACAACAUUCGUGGAAUUCUACAGCAACAGUCGAAGCAGUUUGUUGAUUAUCAGCAUAGCGUUCGGAUGACAAAAAUCAAGGCUGUUCUUGACCAAGAGACGUGGGUUGCUGUUGAUGUUCCUGAAGAGUUCCAAGCAAUUGUUCUAUCGCUUUCAUCCACUUAUUCUUCUGUUAAUGGCAUGGAUAUGCCUAGCGCAGAUGAUAACUCAAAGUUCAGUGAUCCUACAAGUCAAGAAACGGCAUAUUCAGCUGAAAAUAAUGCCGAUAAUGGCAAAUUAACAUCUGCAACAGGUGAAAGCAAGGUUGAGUCCACUUCUCAGACUGAAAAUAAUGUCAUUGGGAAUCAGAGGUCAACCUUGCAAACUAUUGUACAUGGAGGUGUUGGCUAUCAUAUGGUAAACUGUGGUUUGAUAUUGUUGAAGAUGUUAUCAGAAUAUGUUGACAUCAGUAAAUGUUUGCCAUCAUUAUCUUUUGAAGUGGUCCAACGUGUUGUGGAAAUAUUAAAGCUUUUCAACACUAGGACUUGCCAACUUGUUCUCGGUGCAGGUGCCAUGCAGGUGUCUGGUCUUAAAUCAAUUACAUCUAAGCAUUUAGCUUUGGCGAGCCAAAUAAUCAGUUUUAUACAUUCCUUAAUUCCAGAUAUCAGACGCGUACUUUUCCUGAAAAUACCUGAAGCACGCAAACAUCUGUUGAUGUCCGAAUUGGAUAGAGUCACUCAGGACUACAAGGUUCAUCGAGAUGAAAUUCACAGCAAACUAGUCCAGAUAAUGAGAGAGAGAUUGCUUGCAAAUCUUAGAAAACUACCCCAAAUUGUUGAAGGCUGGAAUGGCCCAGAGGACAAUGAAUUGCAGCCUAGUCAAUUUGCUAAAGCUGUUACAAAGGAAGUAACCUAUUUGCAUCGUAUCCUUUCUCAAACAUUGCUUGAGGUCGAUGUGCAAACAAUAUUCAGGCAAGUUGUUCAAAUUUUCCAUUCACACAUUACAGAAGCAUUUAGAAAAUUGGAAGUCAGUACUCCUCAAGCGAAGAACAGAUUAUGCCGAGAUGUUCAGCAUAUUCUUACAUGUAUCCGGAAGUUGCCAGCUGAGAACUUCAGUGCAGAAACUAUUCCAAAUUAUGGUCUUCUUGAUGAAUUCUUGGCUGAGAACUUUGGGACAAAAGUUGGUGAGUGAUUGACUGUACAUUAGGAACUGACUCAUGUCUGCAAAUGUUCAAUGGCGGAAAAUAUGUUAAAUGGGAAGUGCUUCAAGACAUUGCCAUGUUUGGCAUAAAUUCUGUGCAGGUAUUGCUGUGCGGCGGGAUAGUGAAAGAGGAGCUCCCCUGAUGACAUAAUCACUGAUUUUCUAGCACUUCCCAAGAUUAAAGUUUUGGCUCCAUAGCUUUUCCAUGUCAGGCCAUAUUUGUUUUUUUAGUUUCCAAUAGUAUUUUGAUUCCCGUUUGGGGAGCUGAUAUCGGUUAGAUGCUGGUAUAGAGGAAACCGAGAGUUUUGGCAGCACGACCUAUUCUCUGCAUGGUGCUUCAUGCUGUUAGGUCCAUUGUAUCGAAUAGGCCGUCGAGACGGCAGCCCAUGUAUUUUAUCCCUGUAAGGUCUGUAAUUAUUAUUCUUGGUGCGAAAUACAAUUCUAUAUGUUAGUCCAGGCAAAGCUUCAAGUUGCAGUGCUAUAUACAGGAAAUCUGCCAUUCAUUUGUAGGCAUGUAUCUUUUAUCCCUAUCCGCUUGACCUGGGAAAAAUAUUCAGAUCUUACUGUGUUUA